AUGUUUUUUGCUUUAUCUGUAGGUGAUCUGAUCAAUGGUCUGUCAUUUGUUGCUGCAGGCGUUUUUCGGAAUUUAUUUAUGUUCCGUGGGCAAUAUUUUGUCGAAGUCACAGAUAUGCAGUGUUUGUUCCAUACUCCAUGGGCUAUUCUUAUGUUAUUUGCAGGUCAAUUUCCUGCUCUUAUUAAUUUAUUUAUUGCUUUGGAACGAGCAGUGGCGCUUCAUUUUGCUGGAUGGUACAGAAGAAAGUGGAAAGAUGGCUACAAACUCUACCUUAUUGUACUAUCUGGCUCCCUUACAUUAAUAUUUCUUUUGGUCGCCAUUAUUAUCAACUCGAUUCACGUCACGACAUCUACUUCACGAAUUUGUGCAGUGAUGAACUCUACUGGUAUCGUAUUUGGCACCGUCCACUACGCUCUUAUUGCUGUUGCAUAUGUGUUUUGCUUUGUGGUCUUGGCGGUCAUCUUCAGCAAAACAAACAAAAGAAAGCUUGGUGCAACUUUCGUAUCGCCGCUGGCGAUUCUACACAGCGACAUCCGUUCGUUCGUACGAUACAAACAAAAACAGAACGAAAAACUCAGAAUUUACUGCUUAAUAUGUAACAAAUUUGAUUUGAUCCUCAAGUCAUCGAUAUUCGGCAAGCUAUGGUUUCCACGAUUCCGACAAAAAUACUCCAGAAAAUGUGCAAAACCCACAAACGAUGAGUUACGUCGGCAACGGAUGAUGCUAGCAAUCACGGGCAUCUCUGUCGUUUUAGUUUCAAUACCGAAUCUCGUUUUGAUUCUGAACGAAUGGAAAGCUCCAACAAUAAACGUAUUGGUCGUAGGUGCCGCCUACUGCUUGUACGCAACCCACUCGACGUUAUCUCUCUUCAUCUACUUAAUUUUCCGACCGGAUUUUCGUUUCCGGCUUCUCUCAGCUAUUGGACUCGCCAGAUUCAAAUCUAUCGUUGGAGAACCAUCUCGAACUCAGCCCAGUAAAUUCAAGUCUGUCGCAACCACUAUGACAACUGUUGGCUGA